AUGCCUACUCUUAAGCCACUCUUGCUGGCGGGUGGCUACUCAUCGCGAAUGGGCACUCGCAAAGAACUCUUACGUGUCAUCGGCGAGGUCCCCUUGUUCGUCCAACUGCUGAUCAUCCUACACGAGGCGUGUCCCGAGUCAGAAAUGGUGUUUCUCUCAUUGCGCGAUCACAACUCAUUAAAAGCCAUUGAGAACGAUCGCCAUAUCACUGCCGUCCCAAACAAUCGACUAAUUCUCACCAACGGGACUACCACUUUCCCGGUACAUGUAGUCUACGACGGACCUGGAGUGCCCAGCGAACAUGACAGCACUGGCAUUGGCCCAGGAGCCGGAUUGCUGGCUGCUCAUCACCAGGACAAAACUGCACACUGGUUGGUAGUUGCCUGUGACUAUCCAUUCAUAUCUGUCGCCGCGCUGUCUCAACUUCGACGCGAAUGGACCGCGCCAGUCACAUGUUUCGAAAACAAGGACGGCUUCUGUGAGCCUUUACUGAGUGUCUGGUCUCCGGAGGCGUUGCGCGCACUCAAAGAGAAUAUUCAAAUUGGAAUUUCCGGGCCCAGUGCGGUGGUGAAGCGUUUGCGUGGCAAGACGAUACGACCACACGAGGAGAAGUGGAUCUUCAAUGUCAAUACGCCUGCCGAGUUGGAGCUGGCGUCCAAAAUGGGAACCCAACCCCAAGCGAGUUCAUAG